AUGAAGGGAAGCAAGAGCCACGAGGUGGAGGCCGACGGCGUCCCGGCCUCCGACCUGUGGGACGACAUCUACGCCGGGCUCGGCUUCGUCCGGCUGUUCCACAAGCUGCUCCCGCAGGUCCUCCGCAAGGUCGAUGUCGUCCGCGAUGACGGCGGCGUCGGCACCGUCCUCCAGGUGACGCUCAUCUCUCCAGGGAACCCUGCCGGCCCGGAGAUGAACUACCAGGAGGAGUUCGUCAAGAUCGACGAUGAGAACUGCGUCAAGGAGACCUUGGCCAUCGAAGGCAACGUUCUCAAACUCGGCUUCACCACGUACGUGACCCAGCUCGAGAUCACCGAGAAGGGCCCCAGCUCUUCUGCGAUAAGAUCUACUCUGGAGUACGAGUUUGAUGACGGGCACCCUGAGAUGGAAGAUGCGGUGACGCGCACCUUCCUGCUCUUCGACGCCGCCGCUUCCCAGCACGCGUUCCACCUGCUCCAGUUGUGGCUGGACGAAGAGAUCGAGGCCGAAGAGGACACGGACGAGGAGGUCGAGAACGCGGAGCGGGAGGACGCCGAGCACGAGCUGUGGGGGUUUCCAGUCUUCCAGGGGAAGGUACAGGUCCGCAUUUGA